CCAGGGUGGGAAAGGAUGGAAAGAAAAGCUGCCAGAGAUCUCCCGGGGUCCUCGCUCCACCUCUGGUCAGACGGGGGAGCCCUGAUCCAGCAAGGCCACAUCCGAGGCCCUGCCCCAAGCCAUCAGCUCCAACCUCUCUGUCGCCCCAAGCUCUGCCCCGCCAUGUGGCAUCCUCUCGGCCUCCCCGUGCUGCUGGUCCUGGCUUGGAGAGGACUGGCCGGGCGCUGCCCCCGCGUCUGCGUCUGCGACAACGCCAGGAGGCACGUCUCGUGCCGGAGCCAGAACCUCCCGGAGGUGCCAGCCGGCAUCCCACAGAUGACGCAGAGGCUGGACCUCCAGGGCAACGCGCUCAAGAUGCUGCCCCCAGAGGCCUUUGUGGCCCUCCCUCACCUCACUCACCUGGACCUGAGGCACUGCCAGCUGGAGCGGGUCGAAGAAGGGGCCUUCCGAGGCCUGGGCCGACUGCUCUACCUCAACCUGGCCUCCAACCGGCUCUCGGUGCUCUACCAGGAGGCCCUGGACGGGCUGGGCUCGCUGAGGCAGCUGCUUCUGGAGCACAACCGGCUAGAGGAGAUCCGCCCGGGCGCCUUCGGCCAGUUGGGGUCUCUGGGCCUCCUCAGCCUGGCCCACAACUCGCUGGUCUACCUGCCCGACAUGGCCUUCCAGGGGCUGCUCCAGGCCCGCUGGCUGCGGCUCUCCCACAACGCCCUGAACGUCGUGGCCCCCGAGGCUCUGGCCGGCCUGCCGGGCCUGCGCCGGCUCAGCCUGGACCACAACGAGUUGCAGGCCCUGCCCGGGGAGGCCCUGUCUCGCCCCGCCGGCCUGGUUCAGCUGGAGCUGGGCCACAACCCGCUCACCUACGUGGGCGAGGAGGCCGGGCUGGCCCUGGCGGCCCUGCGAGAGCUGUCCCUGGACCACGCCGCCCUGCAGGCCGUGGGGGCCGGGGCCUUCGCCCGCUGUCCCCGCCUCCGCUCGCUGGACCUCCGGAGCAACCAGCUCGGGGGGCUGCCCCCGCUCGAGGGGGUGGGCCGGCUGCGGAAGCUCAACCUGACGGGGAACCCGCUGCUGUGUGACUGUGCCGCCAGGCCCCUGCGGCAGUGGGUGGCCCGGGCCCGGGUCCGGACGGACGGGCGGUGCUCGGAGCCCGGGCGCCUGCAGGGGGACGCCCUGGAGUCCCUGAGGGCCGAGGACCUUCGCUGUGAGAGGCAGGCCGGGAAGGAGGAGGCCCCCGAGCGCCGGGCCCCGACGCGGGCCCCCGAGGAGGACGGAGCGGCCGGACCCUGCCCGGCGCCCUGCGUCUGCGCCCCCGACUCGCAGCACGGCAGCUGUGUGAACCGAGGCCUGAGGCUGCCCCCCUCCGGGUUCCCCGAGCACACCCGGCUCCUGGACCUGAGACGCAACAACUUCUCGUCGGUGCCACGGGCCGCCUUCCCCGGCCUGGCCCGCCUCGUGUCCCUGCACCUGCAGGACUGCGGCAUCGGCCGCCUGGAGCCCGGAGCCCUGGCCGGCUUGGGCCAGCUCGUCUACCUCUACCUCUCGGCCAACCGGCUCUCGGCGCUCAGCGGCGCCGCCCUGCGGGGCGCCCCCCGGCUCCGAUACCUGUACCUGGACGGCAACCGCUUCACGAGGCUGCCGGGGGCCGCCCUGCAGGUCCUGCCCGAGCUCUUCUCCCUCCACCUGGAGCGCAACGCCGUGCGGCAGCUGGCCCUGGCGGACCUGGCCGGGGCGGGGGGCCUCCGCCGCCUCUACCUCAGUGGGAACCGCAUCUCCGGCGUGGCGCCCGGCCCAGCCCUGGAGCUGGAGAAGCUGCAUCUGGACGGGAAUCGGCUUCAGACGGUGCCCACGGCCGGCCUGGAGGGGCUGCCCGCCCUCAGGGAGCUGCAGCUGUCCGGCAACCCGCUGCGGGCUCUCCGGGCCGGGGCCUUCCUGCCCGUGGCCGGCUCCCUGCAGCACCUCUACCUGAACGGCACCGGGCUGCGCAAGGUUUCUCCGGGGGCCUUUGCUGGUCUGGGCCGCGAGCUCCGGACUUUGUUCCUGGACAAAAAUCGGCUGCAGACGUUGCCGGCCAUGGAUGGCUUCAGCCGGCUGGAGCUCAUCACCCUCGGGGGCAACCCCUUCCUCUGUGACUGCCGGCUCCUCCCCCUGCACAGGUGGCUCACCGACCUGAAUCUGCGUGUGGGCGCCACCUGCGAGCUCCCGGCCAGCGUCUGGGGCCAGAAGGUGAGGGCCGCCACGGCUGCCUUUGAGGCCUGCCCAGGCUGGGGGACCCAGAAGGGCGGAGGGGAUCCGUCCCAUGCGGGGCGCCAUGCCGGGAAAAGCAGAGGCUACAGGAGGCGGUCGGGAGCAGCCAAGUGCAAGGCCCACAGAAGCCCGGACCGAGUGACCGCACGGACCUAGAGUAGCGACCCCUCGUGUUCCCGGAGUGCUCCGAAGCUUACGAGCACUCCAGAAACGUGUCUCGUUUGACCCUCGCCCCAUGAGUAGCCACUGUUAGCAUUCCCCAUUUUACAGCUGACGAAACCGAGACAGACACAAGUUAAGUGACUUGCCCAGGGUCAUACAACUGGUAAGUGUUGGGGGCAGGAUUGGACUUGGGUCUUCCUGCCUCGCCCUCUAGCUACCACAUCCAAAGGCCAGGCACGAAGUUUUCUAGAAUCAUUAUUCUAGGCUAGUCCUCCUGUCAGCAGGCGCCAAGCCCUGGCAGGCUAAAGGAUGGCGGCGCCGUGCCCGCCCCCCGGAGCGGGCGGUCACACACGAGGUAAUCAGGAAGGGAGCACGUGUGGCGCAGGGCGAGGUGUCGUGUUUCCUUCUGGGCGCCGCAGGAGAGGGGCUCUGGCAGCCUGGCAGUCUAGAGAAUUUAAACUGUGCCAGCAGCAGGAUUUGUUGGAAAAACCCUCGCCGUGUUUAUCCUGGAAAAGAGGGAAGCCAAGAGGGAUUCGCCUCAUUGUGCUCGGCCUCCGCGUCAUUUAAAAUCACUCGGGACACUUGGACCCUCAUUUCCCGGGGCCCAGCGGCUUUCCUGUUUUGGAUGGCGUCUUCAAGGUGGGGAAGGCAAAGCCUUGAAGAAGGAGCGGCGUGUCUGAGAGCUGUUGGACCUGCCUGGAUCUCUUGAGCUACUUCCCAGCCCCUCUGAGAGGGGCCGCUCGGCGGGACGGGAGCUGGCCUCGGGCCUCGGCAGCCGUGGGGAAUGCUCGCUUCGCCUAGGCCGAUCUCCUGUUCUCGCUAAAUAAAAUGCCAGCCAGCAGAGCUUUGGCCUCAUUUCUCUUUUCGAAGCUUGGGGGGCCCGGGAGGGGACUUCCUUUUUUCUCUUUUUUUAUUCUGCACUUAAAGCCCCCCCCAGGAAGAACGUUUACAGCAGAAGCCAAGAAGAGGAUUGCGCAGGAGGCCAUAAAGCUCAGGCUCUUCACGCUGAAUCUCUGGGUUCCCUUCAGGGCUUUCCUGCUGCUCAGCACUCCCUUCCCCCCUCCCUUCUCUGCCCUCCUGGGCCCUUUAGAACGCACCCGCAGCCUUUAUUCUCGGCGUCACACUUGUUACCCUCCUUCCUGCCAAGCCAACCUUCCUCACGCCCUGGAAAGAGCCUGCGAGAAAUAAAAAUAAAGGCAGUCCAAGGAAUGCCCUCAGGGGCCGUGGGGUGCAAAGGUGCCUCUUUCCUGGGCUCAGGCUCCAGGAGCUCUGGGAGAGGAAGCGAACGUGCUUCCUCAUGAGUCCAUCCUGGCUGCUCGUUGCUGUGAUC